AUGCGGUUCGAGGUCGGCUAUGCGCGCGGGUGGCAAGGGCAGCAGCCGGCUCAGCCAUGGCUGUCCACCGCCUCGGCCCCGCGCAAUGGCAGCGGCGCGGCCGUCGUCGAAUCUGCUGCUGCCGGCAGCACAAGCCGCGGCAGCAGCAACAACAGCAGCAGCAGCAACAAUAGCAGCAGCUCCAGCAACAACAGCAACGCGCGGUCGGCGUCGCCGCGGCGAGUACGCAGGCCGCGCAUCAGCAGCAGGCGGGAGGACCCGCUGUUGGCUGAGAUCCAGGGUGCUGCCUUAUUCAGUGAGCUCCAGGGCAUCUGGCAGCGCAUCAAGGGCAGCCCCAGCAGCGGCAAUAGCCACGGCUGCGUCCACGGCGGCGCCGCUCAGCCCCACCACCUGGCGGCGUUUCUGCGGCAGCUGACGCAGUGCGUCCUGACGGGCCGAGAGGCGGCUGCGCCCGACAAAGCGCAGGAAGCGGCGGAGGAGCAGCAAGAGGAGGCCGCGGCGGACGGCGACGACUGGGAGGACGGGUGGCAGUCCGGCGGCGCUGGCGUGGGCGAUGCCGCGGCUGCCAGCUGGGACGGGGGUGACGCCUGGUCCGGCCGCUCCAGCUGGGCCGGGCCAGCCGCACGCGUCCCGAGCAGCCCAAUCAGCAGCCCGCGCAGCAGCCCUCGCAGCAGCCCGCGCAGCAGCUUUGACGGCGGCGAGCGGCCACAGGGCGCGGCGCUCUGGCCUGCGUCGUACGGCUCUCCGGUUGCCGGCGACCGGGGCAGUGGGAUCCCCAGCAGCCCUCGCAGCAGCUAUGACGGUGGCGAUGAUCUUGGUCGAGGCGGCGGGCAGCGGCAGCGGCUCUUCCAGUCCCAGCCGGACGGAGGGUCGGGCGCCGCGCGGCUGCCGCCGGUGCUGGGAUUGAGCCGUGUGACGGAGCCAGCGCAGCGAUCCCAGCAGCAGCAGCAGCAGCAGCAGCAGCAGCCGCAGCAGCAGCAGCAGCAACAGCAGGAGGCGGUGAACCAGGCAGGUCGAGACGUACAAGCGAUGCGCGCCUGGCAGAGGGCAGAGCAGCAGGAGAGCAUGCAGGUUGCCAGCAACGGUUCUGUGCAGGCGCAGGCAGCGAUUGAUGAGGCCAGUCGCAGCCGUGACUUUGGGGACGAGCGCGGCAGUCCAACCCAAAUCAGCAGCGGCGGCGGCAGCAGCAGCAGCAGCACCAGCCCUAUGUCAAGCAGUGUCAGCGGCGGCGGCAGCGGGAGCAGCAGCAGCAGCAGCAGCAGCAGCGAAGACGAGGGGGGCCGCGGUGCCAUCGCCUCCAGCAGCAAGGCCGCCGGCGCCUCCGAUGCCGUUGGUGCGGCCACAAUGGGGUCGCCGCCGUCGCCGACUGCGUCGCUGGCGUCCCUGUCAUCUCGCGAUGACUACGGGGACCUCCUGACCACCGCCACGAUGAGCCAGCGCGCGCGCCGCAUAGGAGGCGGCAUGACGCGCGCCUACGGCAGCAGGGCGGCGCUCUCCGUAUCGCGCCUGCCCCCGCCCUCGAGCGAUGCGACGGCGGCGGCGGUGCCCGGCGGGGCAGUGGAGGCAUUGCUGCGGGAUGUGCUGCGUGCUGUGCGCGCACGGGCGCGCGGGAUGGCGCCUGCUGUUGCGGCGUCGGCGCUGCGAUCCCUGGCUGAGCUGCGUCUGGACGACGCCGCCACAGUCCGCGCGCUGCUCGCUGUGCCCCUCGCACCACGGCGGUUGCUCGCGCGAAACGGUGGUGGCGGCGGCGGGGCGAAGCUGGGGGCGGUGGUCGGGUCGCUGGCAGCGCUAGGCCACUCGCCGCCACCAGAGUGGCUGGCGGAGGUGGGGAAUGCGCUUGCAGAGCGGCGGCCGUCAGCCGCUACUGCCGGUAAGCGCGUUGCAAGCGACGUCAGCAGCGGCGGCGGGGCGAUCUCUGCACAUGCUGCGUUCCAUCUGGCGCGGUCCGGCUGGCGGCCGGGGCCCGAGGCAGGCGCGGCCGUGGCGGGCGUGCUGUACUCGCGGCUGGGGCAGCUGUCGCCAGUGGAGCUCACACAGGCGGUUCAGGCCCUGGCACUGGUGGGCCAUACGCCGGACGACGUAUGGCUGAUCGACUUCUUCGCUGCCACGCGCCGCGCGCUGCGCGCGACGCCGCCGCUGCGGAUCGUGCACACGCUGGGCGCGCUCGCCGACCUCGCGCGCCGCCCCGACGACAACUGGCUGCGCGCCAUGUUCACAGCGCUGGGGCCCGCUGAGCUGCGCGCGCUGCCGCCGGCCGCGUGGCCGUCGCUGCUGCGCUCGCUCGGCGUGCUCGCGGCGCGGCCCGACGGCGCCUGGCUGCGCGGUGCAUACGCCAUCUGCGCGGUCAGCGCGCUGCGGCGGCUGCCGCCGCGCGGCCUGGCCGACUUGGCGGCUGGCGCGGCGGGGCUGGGGAUGCAGCCGCCUGCGGCAUGGGUGGCUGAGCUCGCGGCCGCAGCCUUCUGGCAGCUGCCCUUCGCGCGGCCUGCUGACCUGGCAGACCUGGGGACCGCGCUCGCCGCCCUGCGCGCCGACCCGGGCGCCGCGUGGCUGCGCCAGUUCGAGGCGCGCGCCGCCGCGGUGCUGCCCGGCUGCAGCGGCGCCCAGCUCGCGGCGCUGCUGUCGUCCAUGGUGGCGCUCGGGCACCGGCCGUCGGGCGGCUUCCUGACCGCCUUUGAGGCCGCCAGCCACGGCCGGCUGGACGAGUUUGGCCCCAAGGGCCUGGCCGCGGCCGCGCGCGCAUUGGCAGACCUGGGGGCGACGCCGUCCGUGUCGUGGGUGUAUGCGUUUGUCGUUGCCGCCUACGGCCGUCUCGAGGCGUUUGACGCUCCGCAGCUGGCGGCGCUGUUCGAGUCGCUGCCGCGCCUGGCGCCGCACCCCCGGUGGGUGGACGAUCUGGUUCAGAUCUGCUCCUACGAGGCGGCCCGCAGGCGCGGCGAGACGGCAGGCGCUGCACAGGCCACUGCGGCAGCGGCAGGCGGGGGAGCGGGCGGUGCAGCGGCGCGGCGAGCCCAGCGCGGCCUUGGGCGCAAGCAGCGGCAGCGAGGCGGCGCUAAGGCCAAGGCACAAGGCUCAGCGAAGCGCAAGCAGUUGUAG